AUGGCAUCGUACUGGGAGGAAGCAUUGGACGUCGACGAUCUCACGGCUUCCGUAGUCUUUGAUCCAGAUACCGGGUUCGGAAGUGCUGGAACCAAUGGUUCCUGUGUCUCCGAUGGACCUUUCACCCAGCUCGAGCUGCACAUCACCCAAUACACGAACUACGCGAACUACUGUCUCACCCGCGAAACCAACACCGAUAUCUUCCAAGGUGCAACUCUUGACAACAUUGCCGAAUGCACGAACACCACCACCUACGAUGAAGCCUACGAUUGCUUCCAGCAGAGCCCUCAUACGGCCGGCCACGGCGGCGUCGGCGGUACCAUGCUGGAUGUCGUGGCCAGCCCGUCCGACCCGCUCUUCUUCUUGCAUCAUACCAACCUGGACAGACUGUGGUGGAACUGGCAACUCAACAACCUGACCUACCGCCUGACUGAUAUGGGAGGACGCAACAUCCCCACUGAUUCGUAUCUGGCACAGAACAACUUCACUACCCCUGGACCCGAGCUACUCGACUACGAUGGGGACUCUGCGAACGUUACGACUUUGAACCACACUCUUUGGAUGGUGGGACUGAUUGCUAAUGCUACGGUGGGGGAUGUCAUGGACUUGCGAGGUGACUUGAUCUGCGCGGAGUACGUGUGA